AUGGCCAACAACAAGGUAUUCCUCGCCACCGUGGCCGCCGAUGGCCUCUUCCUCGCCGCGGGCAUCAUGGAGCUGGUCUUCUCGCUCGUCGUCCGCAGCCAGAUGAACGACAUACCCACCGAUGGAGAGGAGGCCACCCGCAACCUGCUCUACCAGCGCUUCCCCCUGGCCGCCGGCAUCGUCAACGCCGCCUUCAUCCUCCUCACCUUCGUCGCCACGCUCCCCGGCCUCUUCAUGCCCGCCCGCGGCAUCCUCAAGGUCGGCGGCUACAUGGUCACCUUCUGCGCCAUCUUCACCAUGUGCGUCGGUGUCUUCCUCUGGGUCAUGACGCUGCGCAUUCGUGGGGAGUUCGUGUCCGUUUACGUUGCCCAAGAUCCGUCCGUGCAAAGCCUCAUUCAAAAUUCGUUCGAAUGCUGUGGUUACAACAACAGCACCUCUCCCGCCUUCGUCACCGACAGCACUUGUCCCAGUCCCGCAGCCGCUGCUCUCAUGCGCGGUUGUGCAACCGCAAUCUCAAGCUACGCCAACAUCCACAUUGACAGCAUCUUCACCGUCGUCUUUGGCAUUGUCGGUAUCGACGCCAUCUUUGUCCUCUGCAUCGCCUGCCUUCUCAAGGAGCGCAAGGAGCGCGAGCGCUACCGCCACAUUGACGAGAAGAGCGGCUUCCGAUCAUUCUAA